UUCACUACAUGCGAAUGGAAAACAGGUUUUAUCACUGCUGAAAUUAUCAGCGAAACGCCGCCUUCACAAUGCAGUCUCAAAGUAUUCAUCUGUGAAGUCGACUCCGUUCUUUCUAGUCUCGUUUCCUCGUGCUACUGGCGAAAUACUACGAUUCAAUGGAACAACGACGGCGCUGCAUAAAACUGAAAGCUAUUUUUGCAAUACUUGGUAUUGUAGCCGGAGUAUCUAUUUUAAUUUGCUUCAUCUACUAUAAGAACGCUAAUGCUGCAGCUUGGGGCCUGUUAACUGGUAUAUUUGCAUCCGUUGUUUACAGUUUACAUCGGUCAUAUUUGAACAAUACCAUGCAUCUGAAAUAUACAGCAGAGACUCUAAGGAUAACGAAAAUAUGUGGGAUACUUUGCAGCCUCUUAGCUAUAUUGUCUUCCAUAACCUACUUCACUUUAGCCGCAGUGUUAAAGCAAGGAUAUAAAAUAGAAGAUGAUGGUUAUGCUCCAGCAGGCGUUUUCGCUCUUCUCGCUUUAAAGUGGACUUUUAUGAUGUUCUGGGAAGGUAGACGAUAUGAAAAUUUCCUAAAAAAUUAUCCUGAAAGCGAUCAUGACAGUGAAGUCAGAAGUAUUCAAACAAGUAAUGCACCCAUGCAAUAUGGAGCGUGAAUUUCGUACAGUAAUAUCAAAUGUCUGCUGGAGUACUUUGAUAAAUGAAGAAUCUGUUAGGACAUACACAGUUAGAGUGAUAUAGUAACAAGAACCACAAAAACGUAGAUGAAAGUGGUGUAAGUAUAGUACAUUUAAAAAUUCCCUUCAAGAACAAUUUUUUUUUUUUUUUUUUUUUAAAGGUAAUUCUUAGGUGAUAAGAUUUUUCCAGCAUUUAGAAUAAAAUUGAGAAGAAAAUUUUAAAAUAUUUAGUGCAUAUAUCAUUUUCCCUAUCAGUGACUGAAAAUAAACAAAACACUCUGACAUUUAUUGCAUGUUCAAAAAUCAAACUUCACAGUUGCAAAGAUCUUCAGCUAUAGAACGAAAAACAAAUUCAUAAAAUUUUAUACGUGGAUGUUAUUUGAAUGACCAAAUCGAUGAUUGAAAGAGAGUUUCGUCAUCUUUGUGACGGGAAUAAAACCAAACCAUAAAUAAACUGAAAAUGAGUUAAUGAUUAUGUUACUUUGUGGGGAAAAAGAUAAAUGUGAAAAGUUGCAUUCAUUAUGUAAUGCUGUGUUAUAUGCAGCACUGGAAAUUGAAAGACUUCAUACUUUUACUGACAAUGUGAUACUAUUAUGAUGAAUAUAUAUAUCUUUAAAUAGUUUUUGCAAGAUUUAAAUGCAUGAGAAAACUACUUACUUCUGCUGAAGCAUAAACUAAUUUAUGCAUAAUUACAUAUAUAUAUAUAUAUAUAUAUAAGUUCAGUUUGACACGCCGAUGCAUACGAGGAGCUGUAAAUAGUAAAUCUCAGGGCACUUAUUUUUAUUUCAUUUCACUGUGAUUACAUUUUGGAAAUGGAUGUAAAUAUAAAAUAUCUGAAUAUAUUUUCUACAAUACUUUAGAUAUUUCAAUAAAAAAAGAAAAAUUUUAUUUACAUGCA